CUCGUGUUCCUUGUGUAGUCUCCAUGGUAAAUGGACUACACCAAUGCUUUAACGUCCUAUCCUAUUUUGUUUCUGUUUUACAAUUAGCCAAUAAAACCCACAGAAGAUUCUUCUUCCAUCCGGAGUCCUAUUGGUCAUAAAUUAACCAAUCUUCUAAUUUCCAGUUAUGAUACUUACUACAGAUUACAAGUAAUCUAUGGAUCAAUAAUUUUAACCUUAUCUUAUAAUUAAUAAACUAUUUUAGAAACGUAUUACUUUGAUUUAAUGAUUAAUAAUUGAUGAUUUUAUCAUAAUAAUUCAAUGACAAAGUUCUAAGAAAAAAAUAUUUUUCAGUUUCACAUUAGGCUAUGUUAAUUUGUAUAUAUUAUACAUAUAUAUUGAUAUAGAAAUGGACCAGGCAGCUCACAUGAAUAGCAUAAGCAAAACAUGCAAUGAAUUUAAGAAGCAAUAUGAUUCCUGCUUUCAUGUGUGGUUUUCUGAGAAAUUCCUGGAAGGUGACAAAAAUGAUUCCACGUGCGCUAAAUUACUUGGAGUCUAUCAGCAAUGUCUUAAGGAAGCUAUGAAAGAACAAAACAUUGAAUUGAAAGAAAUUGAAGAAAAUCAUUUAGGAACCGAAAAAGAAAAGAAGCAGCCCGGUUGACAGUAGAAUUAUAGUAAAUUUAUAUAUUUAUUUUCAAAUAAACGAAUUCUUACAACAAUAAGAUAAUGACAGAUAUAUUCUAUGUAUUAUAUAACUUAUAAUUAGGCAAACCAAUAUAGAUUAAAUCUUUUCCAGUUUAAAAAUAUUACACAGAAACAUUUUAUUAAAUAUAUAAUUAAUAUUUUUAUGUUUUCUAUUUUUAUUCUACAUUUUUUGUAUAACAGCAUUGAACAAAAUGUUAUUAUAUAAUAAUUUAUGUACUUAUGUGAAAUUCUAAUAUCUUUGUUUUAAUAGAUUAUAUGUGUGCUGGAUUUAUUUAUGCAUACUUUUUAUAAAACAUUCCUUUUAUUUGCAAAAAUAUAUAUGCAGAGAAACUAUAGUUUAUACGGUUCUAUAUUAAUGUAUGUAUAAAUACAAGAUUAUAUAUAUAUAUAAAUCUUUAUGUUAAAUAGUUAAGUACUUCAUUCAAUAUUUCUCAUUUUUAUAAUACACUUUAUGUCAAUUCAGCAAAUUAUAAAAAUUAUAAAAAUGUUAUAAUAAUUAUAUUAUAGUAAUAAUAUAAUGAUCUUAUAGACGUGUGAAGAACAAAAUAUGUUGUUGUAUGACUGUAAAAAUAUUAUAUUAUAAUUACAAUAUGGAAUGAAUAAUUUAUUAUAUAUGAGAAAUUAGAAUACUUAUCAGGGGGAAACUAGUUGAGAACGAAAUAUAAAAUGUAAUAUUUAAAAUGAAUGUAUAGAAGCAAAGAAUAGCAACAGUAAUGAAAAAUGAAGAAUUUGUACUUCGAUGGAUAGGAAUGACUAAUAAGAAAUUAUAUUAAAUGUUUCAAAUGUU